AUGUCGGGUCCACCCAGAGUUCGAUCCAUGAAUGUGACUGUUGGAGAUUCUGAUUCCCGGCCUGUACUUGUCCCUGCCGGGAACAAGGUUUGCACUGUCAAGAAAGUGAAGAAACCAGCGCCGGAAACGGAGAAGAAAUCUUCUGAGGCAGUUAUGAACUCGCAAUGUGGGUUGGUUACUCCGGUGGUUUUGAAGCGGCGGGAGAGUCAUCGAUUGGUAGGGAUGAAAACUGUGUCGAUGAAUGCUUCGUGCUCGUCGGAUGCUUCGUCGACGGGUUCUUCAACUUACAGUAGUGGUAUGUCGUCGACCGGGAAAGUGGUGAGACAUGGAAGGAAGAAGCAGGUUGGUUUGAAGGUUGAUAAGGUGAGCAUUGAUGCUGUGGCUGUUCCUGUUGAGGUAGAUUCGAGGGUUGGCUUGGAGGGCAAGAAAAGGUGUGCUUGGGUUACACCGAAUACAGGCGUGGAGACAAAAUCAGAGGACCCACUUCGUGGGUGUGGGAUGCGCCUCCUGUGUGUCGGUCUUGACUGGGACCCACUUCGCGGGCUUGGCAGCGCUAAAAUGACCUCUAAACAUGUAAUUUCCCGACUCGCAGGUUUGGCGGUGCUGAAAUUGCCUCCUGGUGCGACAAUUACCCGCCUUGCGCAUAGCACCGAAAUGGCUUAUGAAAUUCUUCUUUUCUCCUCUUUGGAUCUUACUUUAUUUUGUAAUAACUUCUGUAGUUUCUUUUGCAAAAAAUUCACUACAGAGUUGUAUGGUUAUUACAAUUUGAAGUAA